UAACGCAGAUCCUCCUCGCUCGAUUCAACGAUUUCUCACAAUUCGUCCGAUACUGAGAUUACUCUUGUUCCUCCUCCUCCGCCGUGUGUUUGAGGCGACGAAAUUGGUUUCAGAUUCAGUCGUAGUUUUCUCUCGUUCCUUCCUUCUCUAGCUUUUUUCAUGGAUCUGUCACACCAGCGAGUUGAGCAGUCUCAGGUAACUCCUCCUCACCACGAUAGUGUCCAUGGUGAUUUUGGUAACGAAUCGCGAUCCGAGUCUUGUUUUGGUGUGAUAGAGGGAAGAGGUUGCGACAUGGUUAUUGAAUUAGGGUUGGAAUCUGGCGGGAGUGUUGUUGUUGAGAAUUUAGGUGAUAGUAGUAGUGAUAUUGAUGUUGGUAACGGUUUUGAUGAACCUGAUGACGACGAUUUCUUCGCUGAGCGGAGGGAUUUUGGGCCUGAGUUUCGCGAUAUCGCUUCGUUGGGGAGUAAUAUCCGUUUGAUUACUGUCGAAUCGGGUUCUGAUGGUGAGGAUCUUGAGAAUGAGAGGGAGAUUUGGGGGAUUGAUUUGGAUGAAGAAGAUGUCUAUGUCAAUGAUGAUGAUGAUGUUGAUGGUGAAUAUGAUGAUGAUGUUAGUGUGACUAUCCCUCUUUGUUGGGAUUCACUCCAGUUAGAAGAUCGUGGAGUCACAAUUGCUGCUAAUGAAUUUGAUUGGGAGGAAGUUGAUGAUGGUGUUGGUGAUGUUGUAGGGGAAGAGAUUGAGUUACGAAGCGGUUUUGCUGAAGUUGAUUUCAACGACGAAAGUUCAGUUUCGGUUUCUGUCUCGCCGAUUAUCUCAUUAGAGGAGUUACCAACAAGGGAAAGAGCAGAGGGAAAUCGUGGGUGGGAAGUUUUGCUGAAUCAUACUCUGGAGAUCAACUUUGAUGUGGAAAACAGAGAGCUGUAUAUUGUUGGUGACCAUGACGAUUAUUUUCAAACAAACGAGUAUGAGAUGUUGUUUGAACAGUUUGCUGAUGCUGAGGUUUCCGUUCUCGGGUUACCCCCAACUUCCAAAUCUUUUCUCAAGAAUCUCCCAAUGGUUCGAUUGGAAGGUGAGAGCAAUGAUGAUGGUGUGGGUGUGGUUGUCUGUGCGGUUUGCAAAGAUGAGAUGAAUAUCGGAAACGAAGCGGUUCAGUUGCCCUGUAAUCAUAAGUAUCAUAGUGAAUGUAUUGUACCGUGGCUCAAAGUAAGGAACACAUGUCCUGUUUGUCGCCAUGAAUUGCCUACAGAUGAUGCAGAGUAUGAGCAAAGGAAGAUCCAGAGAACAACAAGUACUUUUGACCUGGCUCUGUAAAUGGUACACAUCAUCCUCUAUGUAAGAUUUUUUGUGUUGAGUAGAGUUAAGAAUGUAUAUAUAUUCUAUGUCUGGAUUGUGUCAAGCGUCUCCUUUGUUGUUUCUUUUUUUUCUAGUAUCCCGCCUCAUUGUGUGACCUAUGUGAUGGUGAAAGCUUUAGGAGGCUAGCUUUACAUAGAAGAACAUAUGUAUUUAUUUUGAUGUUUGCCUUGCUUUGAUCUCGUUUUAUUGACCUGGUUUAUUACCUAUAUAUAUAUAUAUAUACUUUUUUUGGUUUAUGCGAA